AUGCCUUUUGGUCUCCGCAAUGCGGGAGCUACGUAUCAACGGCUGAUGGAUAAAGUCUUUGGAGAGGAUAUCGGUGUUACAGUCGAAGUUUAUAUUGAUGACCUUGUCAUCAUCAGUCCUGGUGAAGAAUUAAUGCUCAAGAAUAUUCAGCGCACCUUCGAUUCCUUGCGCAAAGUUAAUUUGAAGCCGAAUCCAGUAAAAUGUUCGUUUGGCAUGGAGGAGGGUAAAUUCUUGGGAUUCAUCGUAACCAAAGACAGUUUUAAAGUAAACCUAGAGAAAGUGGAGGCUAUCCGGCGCAUGCCGUCACCAGCAUCUAUCAAAGAGAUGCAACGCUUAGCUGGUCGAGUUGCUGCGCUUAAUCGAUUCUUGGCGAAUCAUGCUGCUAAGUUUCCCUUUCAUAAGCACAUUGCGCAACUGUGUAAAAAAGAGUCAGUUUCAAUGGACUCCAGAGUUGGUGCAAUGUUAUUGGUGGAACGAGACGGAGUCCGAACGCCAAUUCAUUGUAUCAGCAAGAUGUUGACUGGUCCUGAAAUCCGUUAUUCAAUCAUUGAGAAGCUUAUUUUGAUUCUAUCCAAACCGGAUGUUGCUGGCCGGUUGGCAAAAUGGGCCAUUGAGUUAGGUGGACACAACAUUUUGUAUAAGCCGCGCCCAGCUAUCAAGGGCCAAGUUUUGGCAGAUUUCAUUAGUGAAGUUCCGAUCGAUAAAAUUCAAGAAUGUGAAGCUAUACAGAACCCGGUCCCAGUCUUCGACGACAGUGUUUGGAUCUUGCAUACAGAUGGUGCUUAUAACGAUGAUAGCGUAGGGGCUAGUCUUUGUUUAGUCAGUCCUGAUAAUCAUGAGUUUACCUACGCCAUUCAGUUGGAUCUCAAAAACACCAACAAUGAAGCAGAGUAUGAAGCAUUCCUUGGGGGACUUCGCUUAGCAAUUAAAAUGGGAGCAAAGAAUCUGGAGGCGCAUGCGAAAGCCUUAAUUGCUAAGUUUCAAACUUUUAAAGUCAUUCAUAUCAAUCGAAGCGAAAACAAGCAUGCAGAUGCACUCAGCAAGUUAGCAGCCACUAGAAUAAAGCAUUUGGCGAAAGAGGUGCGCAUCGAAGUCCUCACAAACCCGUCUAUUCCCUUACGACAUGUGAACAUUGUGGAAGUUGGGAAUCCAUCCUGGAUGUCUCUGGUUAUUAUGUUCUUACAACACGGGACUCUUCCGGAAGGAAAGGCGGAGGCAAGAAAGAUUCAAAACAAUGUGUUGAAUUAUGAAAUGUCAGAUGGAAUUUUGUACAGGAAGUCGUAUAUGGGUCCUCUUUUACGAUGUGUGGAUAAACAUGACGCGCAAUACUUGGUUCGAGAAAUCCAUGUGGGAUUAUGUGGAAUACAUGCCGGUCCUCGCAUGGUGGUGGCGAAAUGGGCAAUUGAUCUGGUUGGUCCUUUCCCUGAUGCGCCCGGCGCCGUGAAAUUCCUUAUAGUUGCUGUGGAUUACUUUACCAAGUGGGUCGAGGCGAAACCCCUUGCAUCAACCACUGAAUUGGUUAUCCGGAAGUUUAUCUGGGAGCAUAUUAUCUGCCGAUUUGGUUUACCGCUGUGCAUCAUCACAGAUAAUGGUACCAAUUUCGCUUCUGAGGACUUAGAAAAAUGGAUGAAAGAGAUGCGCAUAGAGCACAGCUUUGCCUCUGUGGCGUAUCCACAAGCAAAUGGUUAA